CUCCUGGCGACAAGAAAAACCCCUGUCCAAUGAGAGGGAGCAUGAUGAAGAAGGGCAAGUGGUCCAAGGAAGAAGACAAUCUGAUCAAAAACCACAUUGAGAAGUAUGGCAUUGGCUGUAGCUGGCAGGGAUUAUCCAAUACUUUAGGUUUGAUUUCUUCUCCACAGCUGCCCUUGCAUGCAUUCAUAUCUGUUUGAGUUCUUGAUGAUGCCGAUAAAUCAAUCUACUCAAAUAAGCAGAAAGCGUCGCUAAAUUGUAAGGCUGUAGUUUGUUUGCUUGCAAAUGAUUUAUGCCGUUUCUUAUGGCGGUGUUAGCGUAAUCAAAGUAUAUAGGCACGCAACACUGCUAUUUACUGCAAUUCCUUAUGCGUGCGCAGUUAAGACUGCGGAGAUUUGUCCAAUUUUUAUGAUCCCUUACCUUUCUUUCGUAGCAUUCUCGGUACUAAUUUGAUCAAUCCCCGAACAAUUGCUUGGAUAGUUUCAUACUAGCAAUAUUUCAGUCAGGAGCUGGUCUGCACCCGAUUCCUUCAGAAAAACCAAUAGCGUAGUACACAGAGACAAUUAAUUUGCUCUCUCAUUUUUGACAUGAUCAUGGCAAAGUGUCGCCUAAGCAAAUCAUUUAUCACUCGCUACUGUGUCUGAAUCAUCAUUCCUGAGAGAAGUUUGUUGGUGGAUCGCAGGGCUUCGGCGCUGCGGCCGGAGCUGCCGCUCAAGGUGGCUGAACUACCUCCGUCCGGGGCUGAAGCACGGCAACUUCACGCCGGCCGAGGACAGGAUCAUCUGCGAGAUGUACAGAAAGAAAGGAAGCUGCUGGUCCGUCAUCGCCGCCGAGCUCCCCGGGAGGACGGACCUCGCCAUCAAGAACUACUGGAACAGCACGCUGAAGAAGCAGUUACCCCGCAAGGCGAGGAGCCGCCGCCGCCGCCGCACCGGCGGCACGAGCUCGUCGUGCGACGCCACGAGCCUGGACCUCGCGCUGGUCGUCUACGACGAGGAGAGCACCAGCGGCACCGCGCGGGACCUCCCACUGGUCGUGUGCAACGAGGAUGACAGUGCCACUGCCACCACGGCGGGGCACCUCCCUCUGCUCGCGUACAACGUCAACGAGGCGAGCUCCACGGCUGGGUCCUCGUCGAGCCACGCCGGCGCCGUCUCGGCCGGAUCGCCGGUGCAAGCGCGUGCCCAACCGCCGCCGCUGCCCGCCGCCGCCGCGAACGAGGAGCCGAUCGCGGCGGUGCCGGUGAGCGGGCCGGUGAAGAUGGAACAGCGGACGCCGCCACCGCCUGCUGAUGAAACCAGCGAGGAGAUGGACGUCGACUGCCGCCUCAUGUCUCCGCUCCCCCUGGGGCUCAUGGAGCUGCCGGACCUUCCCUCCAUCGCCAUGGAUCUGCCUCACAUUGCCGGCUUCGACGACAUCGACAGCCUCCUCUCCUACUUUGACCACUGAUCUUAGCGUAGCAGCAACGAAAUGGGAUGAAGCCGAUUCAGGAGUAGCCGUGUUUUAGGUCAGAGUUUGACACUUACUGUAGUUGUUAGGAUUGGACGUUGGGUGCAUGAGUGACUCUGUUAUUCUGAAAUUUGAA